UCCCUUGUCAUCAUUUUCGAAGAGGGAAAAAGGAAAAAAAAAAAAGAAAAGAUACUGCGAGGUAACACCGCAAGGAAGCAACGGAAAUGUGCAUGACAGCCUUUAUCUGAUUGUGACCUCCCUCCUUUGUUCCUCUUUCCCUCCGUCAUCAUCCCCAAACUCCAUACGGCGCCGUUUCCCUUUAAUCUCUUCUCUCUCCGAUGCGUUUCCCCUUCUCAUUCCGCUCUGUCGUUUUCCUCGCGCUUUGCUUUGCGCCGCGACUCUUCCAGUCAACGCUACCGUUUCGCUCCUUCUAAUCGUCGUUUUAUCGGUUCAUCCGCAUAAAGCACUUUCCUCGCACGCUUUCCUUUUUCACUCUCUCACUCGGCGCCUCCAUUUCAUUCCGAUUUUCUUUCAACUCUUCUCUAGAAUUCGGCCGAAUCCCGAACUGUUGUUUCGUUGACGAUAACACCUUUCAAUCGAUGGUUUUUUAUGCGUGAUCGCGGGAAUUAGGUUAGCUGAUGUUCCUUUCUCGCUUUACAAGCAAAGCGACUAUUACCAAUGGAAGUGGCUGACUCUAGAGCAUCCUGAUUUUGGCGUUGCAAGGAGGAGAAUUUGUUUUCAGUCAAAUUGUUUUUGAAGAACGAUGUCUUGAAGGUCCGGGCGACUGUCUGCCGUAGUUGAUGGAGCGGCCUGGAAGCUUAAAUGGCAGUCAGCAUGUGAUAGAAAUAGGUGGGAGUUCCGAUGCUUCUACUUCAACUGCGACACAUCAUGAUAGCAAUUUUAAUGGCACACAUGUUACGCUACACGAAGAAAGAGUUACCGGUGCAAGGUCGCCUCUAUCUCAGCCUUCAGUUUCAGUCACUAGUUUAUCAAAUGGGUCUAAUAGUCGGAAUUCCUCGUUCAUGAGACGCGGGGAUACGCGUAGGAAUAGGAGUCCGGUGCAUUCGGGGUUGUGGAUAUCGAUUGAGCUGGUCCUCUUAGUGAGCCAGAUUGUUGCAUCUAUCGUUGUUUUAUCUUUGUCAAGGCAUGAACAUCCUCGUACUCCAUUGUUUCAAUGGAUCAUUGGUUAUGCUUCCGGAUGUGUUGCUACCCUCCCUCUGCUUUAUUGGCGGUAUUAUCAUCAUAACCAUGCGAGAGAGCAAGAUUCAUCUCAAUCAAGGCAAACAUCUCCUCGGAUUAAUGAUCCUUCAGGGACACUCCUUUUCAGUUCCAGAACUAGUGGUGGAGAAGAUGGUCAGGCUGUUGCAUCCUCCAGAAGCAAUCAAGCCUCUGUGUUGAUGAAUAGAAGAAUGAAGACUCUAGUGGAAUAUUUCAAAAUAUCUUUAGAUUGCUUUUUUGCUGUAUGGUUUGUUGUUGGAAAUGUAUGGAUCUUUGGGGGACAUUCGUCUGCUGAUGAAGCUCCUAACUUGUACAGGUUAUGUAUAGUGUUUCUUGCAUUUAGCUGUAUUGGUUAUGCUAUGCCCUUCAUUCUCUGUUCAACAAUCUGCUGUUGUCUGCCAUGUAUAAUUUCCAUCCUCGGGGUUAGAGAGGACAUGUCUCAAAACAGAGGGGCAACUUCUGAAUCUAUUAAUGCUUUGCCAACUUACAAGUUCAAGAUGAAGAAAAAUAAAAGAAAUGGAGAAGGCAACUCAACUGAAGGUGGAGUUGUGGCUGCAGGAACUGAAAAAGAGCGAGUAAUAUCUGGAGAAGAUGCAGUAUGCUGCAUCUGUCUGGCAAAGUAUGAAAAUAACGAUGAGUUGAGAGAAUUGCCUUGUUCUCAUCUUUUCCACAAAGAUUGUGUGGAUAAAUGGUUGAAAAUAAAUUCAUUAUGUCCUCUUUGCAAGAAUGAUGUUGGUGAGAACUUAACAGGAUUGGUCUCAAGUGAAGAUGCCAACCAACAUCGGAAUGAGAGCAGGAUUGAGAAUGGCCUUGCGAAUACAUCACUUUAGUUGAGAGUUAUAUACAAAUAUACAAUUGGAUCCACCCUCUCAUUUUCCUUGAGAAUUGGAUAAUGUCCUCUGGCAAGUUACUAGAGAGAAAGAACUAGUCACCUUUGGUAAUGGUGGGUAACUAAUCACCUAUUUAUGAUACUGUGAACUUUGCACAGGGAAUGGUGAGUUCCUACACAAUAAACUGCAUUUCUCUCAUAA